AGCAGAGAGGAAGUUCAAGAGGAGUCUGAUGACGAGCAGCUGUGUGCAAACGUCUCUGAGGUUCUUUAAACACGAGGCGAGCGGUUAGUUUAUCGUGAGGCAGCACGCAGGUUGUUGCAGCGUGGGGUCGGAGACUCCGUCAUGUCUCUCUUUGUGAUACUCGGGCUGCUCGUCUGCAUUCAGGCUCAAGGAAUCAAUGUGACUCCUGUGUUUGUGCUGAAGGGACGUGAUCUGCUCCUGAAGAUUGAUGCUGAUCUUCCUGAGGGGGUUUUAUUUGUUGAGUGGAAAUUCAAUAGAAAAGUCACUUUAGUAAAAUUUCUAAGUAGUGGGAAACAAAAUGUCCAUAAAGAUUUUACUGGAAGGCUCGAGUUUCCUGAGAAAAACUCUGUAACAUUGAAGAAUCUACAAGAGGCCGACAGUGGAGUUUAUGCUGCUGAAGUAGUAACAGAAACAACUACAGGAGACAAACUAGUAGCUGAAUACAAGGUCACAGUUCAAGGACCAGUGACUCCAGUUGAACUGAUUGUGGACCGAGUGGACUCCAACAGCUCAGAGUCAUGUGACCUCCAUGUGACCUGCAGGACUCACAACUCAAACAUCAGCAGCACUUUCAGAUGUGUCGACCGGGUCUGCAGUCAGGAGGGAGGAGAGCGAUCAGAGGUCACGACCUCUGGGGCUUCUCUCCAGGUCUACCUGUUGAACAGCACCAUCAUCUGUAACCAUAGCAACCAGGUUCACUGGACCCACGACUUUAACACGACUGAACACUUUUGCCCCGAACAUCCUGGUCCGGUGCUUUCCGCUCUCCUGUUGAGGACUGUUGUGAUCUCUGUGGGUCUGAUCAUCAUGGUGUCUGCCGUCAUCACUGUUCACCUCGUGGACUUCAAGAAGCACCAAUGAAGAAAUGGAUCUCACACACGUCACGCUGCCCUGGAGGAAAGGUCCCACUUAAAGGUCACCUUCUAAACCCCUGAUGAUGUUCCACUGACUCACAGCUGGUGGCAGCAACACACCAGGAGAAGAAAAGAGGAAGAUGACCAGUGGCGGCUGGUGGCUCUUUGUUUUGUCAGGGCCAGCAAAUCAGUAAACAUGCCAGUAUGGUUCAAUGGAAUAAAAAACAUAUCAAACAUGCAUUAUUACUUAAAUAGUUAAAUAUUUAACAUGUAUUCCAACAGUUUAACAUGACAAGGACAUCUGAUCAAGGCAAUGGAACAUUUGUAAACUGACAUUAGAAGAAAAAUUCAUUAAUAAAUAUAAAUAAUAAAAAGUUUUUUCCUCUGUACAGUUUAAACUGUUUUUAUCAUUACGAGCAUUAAAAACCUAUAAAAUUGGCCUUUUACAACCCACAAAA